CAAAUACAGUGAUAUUGAGUUGAAGUUUGUGUUGAGUUUGAGUAGAGUUUGAACUGAACUUCUUGUGCAUCAGAACCGGUUCUGUGGCUCUCUUUCAAUGCAUUGACUGUCAGUUCAUGAAGACAUUCAUACAAUCCAUGCAAACCAUACAAACCAUUCAAAGCAUAGACCAAACACUCAACUCUUGCAUCCAAUGCAUGCCAACACAUGACUGCCAUCUCUUGAUCCCAUUACAGACAUCGGUUCCCAUACAUGCCAUACAUGCCAUCACUCAUCACCACAACUAUCUCCUCAAUGGUCCCAUCAAUUUGUGGUCACUUUUAUGAGGAAAUUAAACCAAUUGUUCUUAAUUCUGGUCAUAAGUCUCAUUCUUCUGCUCUUUGUGUCCAUAUUCUACAACUUGUAUUACAUCCAAACUUAUCAGACAAACGCUGUGCUGAAGACCAGAGAUGAUGGGCUGUCAUCGUUGGCCACCAUUUAUGUGAUAACUCCUACUUAUGAUCGUUUGGUGCAAAAGGCAGAACUCAUCCGUUUGUCUCAUACUUUGAUUUUGGCUAAAAAUAUUCAUUGGAUUCUUGUGGAGGACUCUCUACAGAAGACGCCACUCGUGACACGAUUCCUGAAGAAUAUUCAAAAUUAUGGUCACUUGAGUUAUACUCAUUUGAAUGCAUUAACUCCACCGCAGUUCAAGCUGAAGACAACUGAUCCAAAUUGGCUCAAACCAAGAGGUGUGCUGCAGAGGAAUGCAGGCAUCGAAUGG